AUGACACUGGCUUUUCAGGCGCAGUCCAAUGAUUUGACAGUCAAUCGCAUAAUUGGCUACACAAGUGAUGUAUCCGUAGCCAAGUUCAUUAACAAGAUACCUGAGGUGCCUGAUGUGUUUGUUGGUGAUCCAUUGUACUUAUUCAGACCGAGGAUCAUCCUAAUCGCGAGAUUUUUUAUCAGUGGCAUGACUAGUUCGAGAAUGAAUCCAUACAGUGCAGGAUCUAGCGACGGUGUAAAUCAAGAUUUUGCGAAGGACAGAGCAACCAAUAAUGUCCUAGUGGGGGUAUUAAGAGGGGUUACUUCAACUGGAGCAAAUCGAUGGACACCGGGUGAAAAUGUUGCAAGUGAUCCCGUGCUGGAGGAGGGAAGUGGAGAAAGUGACACCCAAUCGCCGACAGCAAAUGACAUUGCCAAUCUACCAUACAUUCCCGCUGAAUUUGAGUUGUGA